CAUCGCGGGCGGCGGCUCAGUGGAAGAAGAAGGCGGCGGCGGAGGAGGGUGGGAAUAAUUAUUUUUUUUCCCCUUUUCCACGCGAGUUGGCAGCCAUGAACCCCAACUGUGCGCGCUGCGGGAAGAUCGUGUACCCCACGGAGAAGGUGAACUGCUUGGAUAAGUUCUGGCACAAGUCGUGUUUCCACUGCGAGACCUGCAAGAUGACGCUCAACAUGAAGAACUACAAGGGCUACGAGAAGAAGCCCUACUGCAACGCACACUACCCGAAGCAAUCCUUCACCAUGGUGGCAGACACGCCCGAGAACCUGCGCCUCAAGCAGCAGAGCGAGCUCCAGAGCCAGAUCCGCUACAAGGAGGAGUUCGAGAAGAACAAGGGCAAAGGCUUCAGCGUGGUGGCCGACACGCCCGAGCUGCAGAGGAUCAGGAAGACCCAGGACCAGAUCAGCAACAUCAAGUACCACGAGGAGUUCGAGCGCAGCCGGAUGGGGCCCAGCCCCGGCGAGGCGGCCGAGCCCGAGCGCCGCGGGUCCCCCGAGAGCGGCGGCUACCGGCGAGCGGAGCAGCAGCAGCAGCAGCAGCACGGGCAGCCCGGGGCCGCCGUUUUCCAGCACCACCAGCAGCAGCCGCAGCCGUCCCCAGCUCAGUCCUACGGCUACAAGGAGCCGGCGGCUCCGGCCUCGUCCCAGCGCAACGCCCCGGCCGGAGGGGGGAAGCGUUUCCGCGCCGUCUACGAUUACAACGCUGCGGACGAGGACGAGGUGUCAUUCCAGGACGGUGACACCAUCAUCAACGUGCAGCAGAUCGACGACGGCUGGAUGUACGGCACGGUGGAGCGCACCGGCGACACCGGCAUGCUCCCGGCCAACUACGUGGAGGCCAUCUGAGCCCGUGUCCCCUCCCCGCCCUCCGAGCCGCGUCCCUGUGAUGUCCCCGUGGUGUCCCCGUGGUGUCCCCGUGGUGUCCCCGUGUCCCCUCUGUGGCCGGUUCUGCUCCGGGGUGGCCCCGAGGGGCCGGGCGGGGGUGGGGGUCAAAGGCCUGGGGCUGUCCCGGUCCUGAGGGGCUCCGGGAUCCAGGAAAGGGAGGGAGAGGCCAGUCAGGACCAGAUUCCUGCCCCAUCCCAGUUCGGGAUCCAUCCCUGUCCCAGUUCGAGAUCCAGCCCCGUCCCAGUUCAGGAUCCAGCCCUGUCCCAGUUUGGGAUCCAGCCCUAUCCCAGUUUGGGAUCCAGCCCUAUCCCAGUUUGGGAUCCAGCCCUGUCCCAGUUUGGGAUCCAUCCCUGUCCCAGUUCGGGAUCCACCUCUGUCCCAGUUCGGGAUCCACCCCUGUCCCAGUUCGGGAUCCACCCCUGUCCCAGUUUGGGAUCCACCCCUGUCCCAGUUCGGGAUCCUCUCCCAUCCCAGUUCGGGAUCCAUCCCCAGUAGGGGGAUGAGCCCCCCUGAACUGGGAUGAGCCCCCUGGAUUGGGAUGAGCCCCCCAAACUGGGAUGAGCCCCCUGGAGCAGAGAUCAGCACCUCUGGAACUGGGAUGAUCCCCUCUGGAACUGGGAUAAGCCCCCCCCUGAACUAGGAUGAUCCCCCCAAACUGGGAUGAGCCCCCCAAACUGGGAUGAGCCCCCUGCAUCCCCAGCUCGCUCCAGGCUGGAAUCUCAGAGUCCUCUGGGGGAUCUUUUUCCUCCCACCCGGGAUUUUCCUGCUUUUCUCCUGCUGAGUGCGGAGUGCUGCCACCACCCUGGGCCCGUCCCGGGUGACUGACUGUCCCCAGGGUGACUGUCCAUCCCCUGGGUGACUGUCCAUCCCCUGGGUGAUUAAUUGUCCCCUGGGUGUCCAUCCCCUGGGUGACUGUCCAUCCCCUGGGUGACUGUCCAUCCCCUGGGUGAUUAAUUGUCCCCUGGGUGUCCAUCCCCUGGGUGACUGUCCAUCCCCUGGGUGACUGUCCGUCCCCUGGGUGACUGUCCGUCCCCUGGGUGAUUGUCCCCACGGUGACUGUCCCCAGGGUGGCUGUCUGUCCCCACGGUGACUGUCCCCAGGGUGGCUAAUUGUCCCCACGGUGACUGUCUGUCCCCAGAGUGACUGUCCAUCCCCUGGGUGACUGACUGUCCCUGGGGUGACUGUCCCCUGAGUGAUUCAUUGUCCCCAGGGUGACUGUUCCCAGGGUGUCCAUCCCCACGGUGACUGUCCCCAGGGUGGCUGUCUGUCCCCAGUGUGGCUGUCUGUCCCCUGGGUGCUGUGGCCCCACCCUGUCCCUCUCACCCUGGCGCUCUUUGGUACCAAUCACUCCGCGCUGCUGUCCUGGACCAAAACCUCCACUCCCCGUCCCCUCCUCGUCCCGGGGGUCCCGGGGUGGGCCAGGCCCGGGUCAGACUGGAACGGGACAGGCCCGGGUCAAACUGGAAUGGGCAGGAGCAGCGGGAAUCCCCCCGGUGACAUCGGGGUGUCCCCGCGGGGCCGGGAUGCUCCUCCCGGGGGUGGCACCGCCUUUGCCAUUCCCACAGGAAUAAAACGGGAAUGAGGGACCAAAGCCGCCCCUUCCCCCCCUUGGAGAUGCCCGGGAAGGUGUUGGGGCAGCGGGAGGAAUUUUUUGUCAUUUUUUUGUCAUUUUUUUGUCAUUUUUUUGUCAUUUUUGUGAAGCUUGAGACAUUCCUUGGUCCUGUUGGGGACAUCCUUGGGGACUCUUUUCCCUCCCUCCCUCCCAGAGACGGACAGAGACUCCCGGGAGGGGACAGAGACCCCCGGGGAGGGGACAGAGACCCCCGGGAGGGACAGAGACCCCCGGGGAGGGGACAGAGACCCCCGGGAGGGACAGAGACCCCCGGGAGGGGACAGAGACCCCCGGGAGGGGACAGAGACCCCCGGGAAGGGGACAGAGACCCCCAGGAGGGACAGGGACCCCCGGGAGGUUCAGGGACCCCUGGGAGGGACAGAGACCCCUGGGAGGGGACAGAGACCCCCGGGAGGUUCAGGGACCCCUGGGGAGGGACAGAGACCCCCGGGAGGGACAGAGACCCCCUGGGAGGGACAGGGACCCCCGGGAGGGACAGAGACCCCCGGGGAGGGGACAGAGACCCCCUGGGAGGGACAGGGACCCCCGGGAGGGAUGGGGACCCCCGGGAAGGGACAGAGACCCCCGGGAGGGACAGAGACCCCCGGGAAAAGGGAAUUGCGGCCACAGCGGGGUGGGGACAGGGACAGGGACAGCGGUGACACAGGACAGGAGGGGCUGUCCAGGCCUGGUGCUAAAACAGGGAGCACAAGGGCAGGGGGAGCCGCCUCCCCCUGCUAAAUUCUCUUUUUCAUCACAUUCUGGGAAUCGGGGCGGGAGCACCAAUGUGAAUAAACCCUUUUUUAACGGACCAAAUAACACAGGAAAUUCCCUUUUUGGGAUACGGACCUUUUUUUAAUCCUCCCUCAGAAGCGUUGUCCUUAAAUUCUCUCCCCUCUCCCGUGCCCCUUUCACCCCUCUACCAUUGGAAACAAACCUCUUAUUGCUUCAUUUCUGCCUUUUCUCUCAACUUUAUGCACUUUUUUGCCUUUUUUUUUUUUUCAUAGCUGAAAAAAUAAAGCACCUAAACCUGUAUUUAAAAUAAAUAAAUAAAGAGUAAAAAAAAAAACCAAACAAAAAAAAGAAAAUCACCCAAACACAAGGAAGAAGAACAAUUAAAAAGCUGAAUAAUUGCUUUUCAUCAUGUGUAAAAUAGACCUCGUCCAUCCCAGCUUCCCUGGUCUCAGUGCUGAGCUUAGAACGUGUUUUUUUCCUCGGGAUCCGUCGCUUGAUUGGAAUUUUGUCCUUGUGUCCUUCCUGGGUUCAGCACCCACCAGUUAAAAAAAAAUUAAAUAAAUUAUUUGGCCUUUUUAUCCAAAAUAAAUAAACCCCUCAGAAUGGACCAACCCGACCAAUUCUCUUCCCGGUUUACUCAGACUGAAAAUAAAAGUUUAAUUUUUA